AGACAGGAUCCAAGAUAUUAGUGAAGCUUCCAGUGAACAGAACCUAUCAGAGCCUGUUAGAACCUUUUAAGGUUUAAAGCCUGGAAACAGGAGCAACCAGCUGGGAACCUGCAGAGCUUCAUCAGGGAACGUGUUUCAGUCAGGAAGGUGGAGAUGUGUCCUAGGUUGGCUGCUACUCCUCCUGUUACAUCUCAGACUCCAUCAUCAUCAUCAGUGGGUCCUUCAUCAGUCGUCUGUUUGGAGCUCUGAGCUUCCUCACAGUGUUUUAUCAGGUUCUAUGGGUCAUAGCAGGAGAUGUGGACCAUCACACAAAGAUCUUCACACCAGGCUGACUGAUGUGUGCAUGUAGCUCACAUGUCAUUUUAAAUAACGGUCUGGAGACUUGCUGGAAGCUUCUUCUGUAGUCAUCAGGGGCGUUCAGGAGCAGAUGUUCCUGUAGAGCUGCUCAUAAAGGGAGAAGAUGAUGAAGAUGAUGAUGCUGUAAACACAUGUUGGGUCCAGCCAUGGGCAGGUUCCUGGGAGACCAAGGUUUUAUACCAGUUACACUGUAACUUGGCAUCACCAAGAACUGCAUGGCUGCACUGUUUAAUUGGCUUUUUACUUCGAUGCGUUCAUGCUCUGCGUGGAAAUAACAGAUCUGACCAGUUGGAGGAACUCUCCCUCCCCUUGAUGCCCACAGACGAUAUGGGUCGGAGUGUCUGAGAUGCUGAAGCUUGUAGAAAAUAAUGAGAACAUCUUAAUCAGAAGAAAGAGAAGCAUGAGGAAAAUUAGAGUUGAUUGCAACUAAAAUUGUCAACUAGAUUAAUGCAACUGCAGGUUUUCCUGAUAUAAUACAGAUCAUGUCAUUCAUUUUAGUUUGAAAUGUUUAUGUAAAUCCCACGAUUGAGUAAAACAGUCGUAUACUGCUUCUGGAUUCAGGCUGCAAAGAGCUGCUGAAAGACAUUAAGGAGUGGGAGUCUUAGAGGACCAAAUAUCUUCAGUGGAUAUUUAAUUAGAACAUUUAAAUCAGGAAAUGAUUAAUAAAGACUGGAAGGAUCUGCAGAUUCUUCCCUCUGCAGAGCAGAACUUGAUGAAACCAUCCAGGACCUCUGGGAACACGGAUCAGAUGGAUCAGUUCUCCAGAUGUUUGUUGGAGGAUGUUUGUAGUUGUUUAGAGAAGGAAUGAGAAGAUAAUAAACUGAAGCUUCUGGAACAUCUUUUUAUGGAACGUUUUGCAUCCUGAUGAAUUUAGGUGAGAAACAGAAACAUGAAACAUUAAAGUCCAAACUUCUAAUUUCUACUUUGUUCCAACUUUUUCUGAGAGGCUUUCACCCGUGUUCCCAUCACUGCCUGACGACAAGAUGCUGUUAAAAUAUUUCGUUUAGUGUUUGAGGAAGAAGGUUCCUGUGGAUAUGGGACCGACAAGAACCAGUGGAUUAUUCUGGUGACCUCUGGUUUAGAUCUGAUUUCUCCAUGUCUGGUUCCAUGAGGCUGCAGCGUGAUUAUUGUCCAACAGAAGAAGGACGCUCUGUGAAGGUGGCGAUGGAGGCCCAGCGCCCACACCCGUUCCCCACCGUGGAUGUCCCUGACCACGCCCACUACACCAUCGGCUCUGUCAUCCUCGCCAUCGGCAUCACGGGCGUGGUCGGAAACUUUCUGGUUAUUUACGCCUUCAGCAGGAGCCGCAGUCUGCGGACUCCAGCCAACAUGUUCAUCAUCAACCUGGCCAUCACCGACCUGCUGAUGUGCAUCACUCAGUCCCCCAUCUUCUUCACCACCAGCAUGCACAAGAGGUGGAUCUUUGGAGAGAAAGGCUGCGAGCUGUACGCCUUCUGUGGCGCUCUCUUUGGGAUCUGCUCCAUGAUUACGCUGAUGGUGAUUGCCAUCGAUCGUUACUUCGUCAUCACGCACCCUCUGACCUCCAUCGGUGUGUUGACACGGAAACGGGCCCUCCUCAUCCUCAUGCUGGUGUGGGUGUACUCCAUGGGCUGGAGCCUGCCGCCAUUCUUCGGCUGGAGCGCCUACGUCCCCGAGGGCCUCCUGACUUCCUGUACGUGGGACUACAUGACCUUCACCCCGUCGGUGCGAGCCUACACCAUGCUGCUCUUCAUUUUCGUCUUCUUCCUGCCGCUCUUCAUCAUCAUCUACUGCUACGUCUUCAUCUACAGAGCCAUCCGCACCACCAACCGGGCGGUGGGGAAGAUCAGCGGCAGCACCCACAGUCACAGCAGCACUCGGGACACGGUAAAGAGUUUCCACCGGCUGCAGAACGAGUGGAAGAUGGCAAAGAUCGCUCUGAUCGUCAUCCUGCUCUACGUCAUCUCCUGGUCGCCCUACUCCUCCGUCGCCCUCACCGCCUUCGCCGGGUACGCAGACAUGUUGACUCCCUACAUGAACUCGGUGCCCGCCGUCAUCGCCAAGGCCUCGGCCAUCCACAACCCCAUCAUCUACGCCAUCACACACCCAAAGUACAGGAUAGCUUUGGCCAAGUACAUCCCGUGUCUGGGUGUCCUGCUCUGCGUCCGUCUCCGCGACAUGCGCUCGACCAGCAGCAGCUUCAUAUCGACCCGCCGCUCCACUGUGACCAGUCAGAGCUCCGACAUCAGCAGCCAGUACAGGAGGCAGAGCACCGCCAAGUCUCGCCUCUCUUCUGUCUCCGACAGCGAAUCAGGUUUGACGGACACCGAGGCCGACCUGUCUAGUUCGGGUUCCCGACCGGCCAGCCGACAGGUUUCCUGUGACAUCAGCCGAGACACCGCCGAGCUGCCCAACUUCAAACACUCCUCCAGCUUCAAGUCCAAGCUGAAGAACCUCGACUCGGGCAUCUUUGAAAAGACAUCGUAUGACACCAUCUCCAUGGGAGGACUCAACGAACGCAACAGCAUCUCAAAUACUGGGGACGUCUCAGACGGUCAUGUGAUGAGAGGCCAAAUUGGGCGGAUUCCGAGCAUCGUCAUCACCUCCGAGACAAGCCCCUUCCUCUCCAUCGGGCGGAACGGAUCACGCACAAUCCGAGCCAAGGCGUCCCACAAUAACACGGGGGCGUGGCCUGGAUAGAGUCCCGCCCACCCAGAUUCAGCUGCAGUCAUGUGACGGGUUCACUUCCAGGCAGAAAUAUUCCCAACCGAUGAAAAAAAUGAUCAACACAAACCAACUGUUCAUGUAUUUAUAGGAAGUUGUGCAUGAAUCCUGUUUUUUCCUGCUUAAAUUAUUUUCAUUGCUGCUGAUGUUUAAAGUUUUAAAUUUGUCUGGUUCUAAACUGUGAGAAACCCAAAGACAGUCCAACUGAAACGGCACAUAACGCCUCCUGGUUAAAAAUGACUUAUUUUUAUGGUUUUAUAGUUUAGUUUGAUGUUUUUGCUGCUGCAUGUUCAUCCAGCUGAAGGACGAUGUGCCUGACAGUGAUGUGACCCUGCUGGGGGAGGGUUCUGGAUCAGCCUGGAAUGUUUCUUUGCUCUUUGUUUGCAGGAAGGUUUUUGUCUCGUCAGUGAAACUGGACCAGCAGAGAACCCGACUGUUAAAGAUAAAAAUUAUUUUAGUCCUGCUGCUUUCGUUGUUUCCUGUAAGAACAUCAGUUUUGCACAUCUUUUCCUUGAACACGCAGUAAAUCCUGCAGAAUCAGUGGAAAACCAGCUGAUUUAUUUAUUUUUCUAAAUAAAGACGUGUUCUCCACAGCGCAGCAGCUCUGUUUGUUUCUAUAUUCUGUAGGCAUAAAUGUUUUUUUUUGCACCGAUAAAGUGUUACUCAAAGAAACAUUUGAGCUGAAAGUACAGAAUCAAUUAAAUAAAGACAAAAGAAGAAGUGUCAGGGCUGAGAACCUCUCCCCAGGAAACAGAACCUCAGAGAUCAUCCUUCAGAUUAGCUCCAGGUUUUCAGCUCUUAAUGAAUCACCAUUGUGGAUCUUAAAUCACCUUUUCAAAUGUUUUCCUAACUGGUUCUCUGCAGAACUUUCCGGUUUUAGGUCAACAAAACAUGAGAAUCUUUUUCUACCUGAAUGAUCCAGAAGACUGAAUUCAGUUCCCUAAGAACUGACCAGCAAUAAGGACUCAAGAAACACCUGGGAAGAGCAAUACAAACCUAUUAAAAACGGAUGAAACAAUAAAUAAAU